AUGCCAUCUGAUGUCGCGUUGGUCGCUGGUGCACCGUGGUCCCCUCAAUGUCGAUGCCUCCCACACGAAGAUUGUUGGCCUUCCGAACAGCAGUGGUCGACAUUAAACAAUACUUUGAGUCAUAGAUUGGUUGCAGUGCGGCCGGUGGCCUCCGUAUGCUCCCUUCGGGAAUUUGACCAGACUGCGUGCAAGAAUGUCACAGAGCUGUGGACAAACUCGGUCUGGCGCUCAUCUCAACCAGGAGCCGUUCAAUGGGAGAAUUGGGAGGCCUGGCCGGAGCGGCACCAGUCAUGCUAUAUUGAAACAGUCCAAAAUACUACGUGUGAGCAAGGACGUAUCUCGUUGUAUUCCGCUGAGGUGCAGAAUGCCUCGGUUAUCCAGUCUGUUGUUCGCUUUGCCAAAAAGCACAACCUGCGACUUGUGAUUAAGAAUACCGGUCAUGAUUUUCUCGGCCGCUCAACUGCGCCAGAAUCAUUGCAAAUUUUGACACACGGGAUGAAGGAUAUCCGAUUGGUUGAUGACUUCAUUCCUAUGGGGGCAUCAAACAGCAAAGCCGAGGGCCCAGUGGUUCAUCUUGCUGCUGGCGUCCAGCUAGAAGAGCUUUAUCUCGCACUUGGGAAACAUAAUCGCACUGCGAUUGCCGGCUCGAGCCAUAGUGUAGGGGCCGCUGGCGGUUACAUACAAGGUGGAGGCCAUUCGCCAUUUGGAGCCUGGAAAGGCUUAGCAUCAGACAAUGCGCUAGAGUUUGAAGUAGUGACGGCUAAUGGUACACUAGUAACUGCCAACUCGUACCAGAAUACUGAUUUGUUCUGGGCCCUGCGAGGUGGCGGUGGAGGGACUUUUGGUGUGGUAACUAGAGUCACCAUUAGGACCUUCCCCGAUGUUCCAGUGAUCGCGUAUAAUUUGAACAUGACUUCUUCUUCUGACAACCCUCAAUUUUGGGAUGCUUGGAAAGAAUGGCACGCCUCUAUUCCUUCACUUAAUGAUGCUGGAGGGUCAGGCUACUACUUUACCCUUCCCAACCUGCCAUUAAGUGUCAAUAUGAGUGUUUCUACUCUGAUAACACUUCUCAUGUUUCCGGAGAAAACAAAUGCCACCGAAAUCGAGCAAUUAUACUUGCCACUGUUUUCCAAACUACGGAAUAUCGCGAAUCUGACAGUUGAGAAAAUGGCAAUCCCCUUUCCAAGUAUCAACAGUACAGUAUUCGACCUUCUCUUGGCAGGUCCACAAUAUGAUAGCACCGGAAGUACUGCCAUGCUUGCAUCACGGCUUUAUUCCAAAGACCUUCUGACAUCUCAAGAUGGACCAGCCCGACUAGCGAAUGCCUGGGAAAGCAUCGGGUGGGCCCCUGGAGAAGCAAUGGUAGGCCAUGUAGUUGCGGGUGGCGCCGUUGCGGCCAACGGUGAGAAGAUCGACAGCGCUGUCAACCCAGCUUGGCGCAAGACUGCGACCCACUUGUUAUUCUCUAAAAGCUGGGGUGCUAAUGCAACACUGGCGGAGCAAAAGGCCAUCAUCAAAAAUAUGACUGAAGUGCAGAUUCCUAUUCUGCGGUCGGUUGAGGGGGAGAAGAACAUGGGUGCCUAUAUGAACGAGGCCAACGGAUACGAGCCAGGAUUUCAGAAAUCGUUCUGGGGCAAAAACUAUCCUCGUCUGUACAAAAUCAAGCAGGAAUGGGACCCCACAGGACUUUUCAUAGCCCGCAAAGGGGUAGGCAGUGAGGACUGGGAUGAUGCAGGUUUAUGUAUGACUGCAAAGGGAACGUGCAGUAUGGGGCUUGCUUACUGA